GGUAAUUUAACGACACCUUCAUAUGUUGCUUUCACCGAUACAGAGCGUCUGAUCGGUGACGCCGCAAAAAACCAAGUCGCCAUGAAUCCUUAUAAUACUGUUUUUGGCACUGUCACGGGUUUUGCAUCACGAGAUUUAGAAAGGCGUAGAAUUACUGAAAAGAAUGGUAAAACAUACAUUCAAAUCGAAUUUAAAGGCGAAACUAAACAAUUUACACCUGAAGAAAUUUCAUCUAUGAUUUUGAUUAAGAUGAAGGAAACGGCCGAAGCCUUCCUUGGUACAAAGGUUACAAAUGCAGUUAUUACAGUUCCUGCAUAUUUCAAUAACUCACAACGUCAAGCUACUAAAGAUGCUGGUAUGAUUGCUGGAUUAAAUGUUCUCCAUAUCUUUGGCGAAUCUACAGCCGCGGCUAUCGCUUAUGGUUUAGAUAAGAAGGCCGCCG